AGCUAACUAAGGUAGCUUCUUCUUGAGGCUAAUUUAUACAAUCUAAGAAUAAAUUAACAGAGGCGCAAAAAAGGGUUUUCCAUCUUUAAAAGACGAACCAUAUUCUUCUUCCCCUAUUUGCACAUCGCAUUUGUUCAUUCUGAAUCUCUCUUACAGAGGUAUACAAAGAACUGAGAGAUUACGAAAGAGAGAAAGAAUGUUCCAUUCAAAGAAAGCAGCAGCCGCUUCGACUACUGCUAUGAAUUCACUUCACCAUAAUCAUCAUCAACAUCAUGAAAGGUCAAACAUGUGCGGGGUUGGUGCUAAUAACCAUAAUACUGCUGGUGCUGGUACCAUACAAGGCGACUCGGGCCUUGUGCUUACCACAGAUCCCAAACCACGACUCAGGUGGACAGUGGAACUCCAUGAGCGCUUUGUUGAUGCUGUCGCUCAGCUUGGUGGCCCUGACAAGGCAACGCCGAAGACAAUCAUGAGAGUCAUGGGUGUAAAGGGUCUCACUCUUUAUCAUCUUAAGAGCCAUCUUCAGAAAUUCAGGCUAGGAAAGCAGCCUCACAAGGAAUUUAAUGAUCACUCCAUAAAAGACAGCGAAAGAGCUUCGGCGUUAGAACUUCAAAGAAAUAGUACCGCAUCCUCUUCUGGAAUGAUGGGCCGAAGUAUGAAUGAGAUGCAGAUUGAGGUACAGAGAAGACUUCAUGAACAACUGGAGGUACAACGGCAUCUGCAGUUAAGAAUAGAGGCGCAAGGAAAAUACAUGCAGACAAUACUGGAGAAAGCUUGUCAAACCCUAGCUGGAGAUCAAAGCAUGGCUACUGCUGCAGGUUAUAAUAAUGGUAACAAGGUGGUUGGAGGCAUGGGAAUGAAUAUGAAUAUGAGUAUGAGUAUGAAUAUCAGUGCAAGCAGUAGCAGUACUAGUCAUCUUGAUCAAGCAGCAGCAGGCCAUAGAGGGGGAGUGAUGCUGCUUCCAGGAGAUCACGUGCCAUCGGCUAUCAAGGACUUUGGGUCCCUCAACUUUCCAUCGUUCCAAGAUCUCAACCUCUAUGGCACUUCACAAUCUCCAUCACCGCCAGCCGUAGCAGCAGCAGGUACUGCUGCGGCGAGAAAGAGCCCCUUAGUCUGGUCGGAUGAUGAACUCCACCUCCAAGACGAUCAUCAUCGCCAAACUGAGCAUCAUCAUAUUGGGGUACUAUCUAGCAACACCUCUGAAGCAGGAGAUGGGUGUGAUCUUGAUUCUACUAUCCCCAGCCAUAUUUAUGAAACAAAGCCUUUAACGUUAGCAAGCAGUCAUAAUAUCGAUCAUCAUCACCAUCAUCAUCUUGGUUUAGGGUCGGUAGAUCAUCAGAAGAAAAUGGAUAGAACAUCACCAAGAAGACCACCACUGUCAUCCAAUAGUUCUAUGGAUAACAUGAGGGCCACCCUCUCUACUGCUACUAAUAACAGCACUUCCAAUAUGUCUCCACAAGGAAGAAGCUCUUCGUUCAGCUAGCUCCUAAUAUAAAUAUGGAUAUAUGUGUGUUAUAUUUAUAUCUUUUAAAUUCAGACAGUUACAUGUAUAAAUGCUAUUUGCCCUUCAUAAUUUAUUUCAAUAUAUUAUAGAAUUAGUUGGUCCUA